CAAACAUUGACCAAGCACGCAGCCACGCACUGCGCUCCGACAACUUGCCGCAACAUUCUUAGCGUAAAAGUUAUCGUGGAUGGUUUACUCUAUGUAAUUUGCGAUGUUUGAGUUGAUAUUAACAAGUAUUCCCUUCGAAUAAUAUUGUGCGAACGACUCGUUUGAAUCGAAUCACGAUAGUGUUAAAUGCGAUAUGUGCUGCUGAUGUUACAGCAACGAUGCAUCAAAGGAAAAAAAUGGACAUUGAUUCAUGCUGUAUAAUAUUAUACACUACGUUAAUGUGAAGUUUUGAAGAAAAUGAAUAGAAACUACGGUGGAAGAAGAAAUGCAGAGUUUCACGAUGAGCACUGCUGCGCGGGAAACGCCGUCGGUAAUUUUCGACGCACCUCGUCUCUGCGACUGCGUGGUGAAAAAAUGGUGCAGCGUUCACCUCUCGCUACAAGAAAAUUAAUUCCAGUAAUCACGGAAAAUACUCACCAAAAGCACCGAAGCGAUGGGGCUCAUCUCAUGGAGCCUGGCUAUCGCCAGCGAAGUCACUCUUUCAGUACCAAUCAACAAAAAGGUAGAAAGAGCUGCCUGAAACAGGAGAAUGGUCUGGAUGGAAAAUUGAACAUGACUGAUUCCGCACACACUCCACCUGGAUCUCCUGAGGAUCUACCAGAUGAUGAAUCUCUACACAGUUAUGGGAGUGCUGCCACAGCUGCUUCUGUAGAUGCCGGCUAUGCACCAUUCAAUGGUACCACUUUUAGUGGAAGAUCUAUGCGAUAUGUUCUGCAUUGCUCGUCACAUGCCGGCCUUGCUGGAGAAGAGUACCUCACUCCUACACAGCGGGCCCAGAAACAAAUCCGCCGCCUCAAGAGUCUACUUUGUCAAGCAAAAAAAGAUUUAGAGAGAAAAGAUAGUGAAAUAUUUCAUCUCACUAAAGAAGUAGUUGAAUUACGACUUUAUAAAGCAUCAAUAUGCUCUCCUGAUGAAAAAUCAAACUCUAGUGAAAUAGUGACAAUAAGAGAAAAUGCUGAUGACAAUUCUAUUGAACAAGACAGUCCAAAACAUGAAAAGAGUUGUAGAAAUUAUGACAUUACUGACAGUCCUCUAUUUAAAGACCAGACCACAACCAGGUGUCGAAAUGAAAUGCAAGGUUCUUUCACUGAUUCAGGACACUUUGAUGAUCUCACUAAUUCAUCCUUGCAUUCUAAAGAAUCUGUCCAUAUGUUAACCCAUGACGCAUCUUGCAUGACUGAUAUUUGUGAUGGUGAGGAAGAGAGACGUAGCUUGAUUGAAUUCUAUGACAAAAAAAUUGAAGAUGUGAUGCGUACACAUGUCGGAGAGACUCAAGAACUAAAGAAGAGCCACAAUGACAAGGUAGAAGCAUUGUUACAAAAACUCGCAGACAUGAACAACAGAUACUGUGAGUUGCUACCUAAUUAUGAGCAAGCUAAAGAGAGAAUUCACAGUUUAGAAAAGCAAUUGGAAGAAGCCAGCAAGCAGCUGCAAGAUGAAGAGGCCCGACAUCGUACCAUGUACUUACAGAUGUACAACAAAGGAGUGGAAGCUGCAAAAUUUGAAAUAGAAAAGGAUGUGGCAGGUCCAUCCCAAGGCCCAGUGAGCAGAGUAUCGGUGGAGGAGCUUCUAGCGCAAUUGCAGAUCACUCAGACAGAACUCGAAAAUGUCCGAGACUCCGCAUACACAACGGACAGAACGGCAAAAUCGCAAGUACUUCUAAGUGCAAAGGAGGCUGUUUCUUUAUGGGUCCUAGGAGCUCGAAAGGCCAUGUACCGUCGCAUCGUAGAAUCACAGAAAGGCAACAAGACCGCCGUAGACCCAGAAGUUACUCUUCAGUUCCUGAAGUCUGCUAUCUAUUACUUCCUCACUGACCCGGAAAAUCAUCAGGGACAUCUAAAUGCCAUCGAAAACAUUCUUGGUUUCUCUGAAGCAGAAAAGAAAAAUAUACGCAAAGCUAGAGCUACAUAAACUGUAAAGACUGCUGUGAACGUGUGAUAUGUCCUAAAAUAGAGUAAUUUUGUUGCUACUUAGAUAGACGUUAAUUGUUGCAUGUCGUCAGAGACGAUAUAGCGAAUAUAUUAAAAUAUUAUGAUAGUUGUGUGCACACUAUAAAAUUAGUUGUCUAUUUUUAGCAUAAUUUACACAUAAUAAUUAAUUGUAGGUAACUUUUUUAUUGUUUAAACGUUUUAAUCGAAUUAUUUUUGGGUUUUGUAAUUCUUUUUAAUAGAUAGGGCCAAAGAUUCGAAUUUCCUAUUAAUUGCGUGCAAUUUUAUUUUAGCUUCUAAGGUAUAAAAGUACAGUGAACCAAAUCAACAUUCCUUUUAGCGUAGAUAUUAGUUUUUAAGUGUUGUGUUUUAUAAUUAUAUUUCUUUUAUUAUCGUUUUUCCCAUUGUUUCGUUACUUUGCAUGCUGGUCAGCAAUUUUUUUUUUUUUAAUGCGAUUUAUAUAGUUAGUUUAAGUAAUAUGGAACGUAACACAUUCUAAUUAUUUCGACGAUGAGUUUGAUUUAUAAAGGUUGUGCCUCUUUUCUAUACUAUAACCAUCAGAAAAUCAACCUAUAAAUAAAACUUAUUCUCAAAAUAUAUUGCUAAAUGAGCCAAAAAGUUCUUGCCUACAUCUUGCCACUAAAAAGUAACAUCUGUGAUUUACGCAUAGUGAGUGUGCUUUUAUUUAAUUUAUAAAUUAUUAUGAAUAAUAUACGGCAGAGUAUUAAAAUUUAGAUAAACAACAUCUUUUUAAUAAAUUUUCUUUACAAUUUGAUUUUAGUUAAAUUUGCGUCCACUUUUUUGAUAUUAUUGAUACUAGAAUGUUUUAAACAUCGUAAGACAGUCACCUUCAAAUGAUCUCCAGUUUUACUUUCAUCAGAUUGUUUUGAAAAUAGCCUAUUUCUAGAUUAAAAUUCGUGUGUAUGUUAUAAUUUUAGUUUUUGCGUACUAUUUAGUAUUUGGGCUGGGAAUGUGAUAUUCGAAAAGUUGAUCAAAAUCAGGAGUUACGUCCGAUAGUUUUAGGCAAACUUGUACCUAAAAAUUAAGCUUCCAACUUUACAUAGUUAUAUGUAUACCUGUGACAUUCACUAUGAUAUUAGUAUUUCUGUGACAUGAUUUGCUUGCUUUUGUUCCCAUUAAAUUAAAUAAACAAAUU